CUCUCUCCCCUCCCGUUUUUAAACGCACUGUUCCGAGCAAGACAACAGCACUGCUUCUCGCGGCGGCGAAGCGAGGCGCCCCACAUCCCCACAUCACACCCCACCACCACCACCCGAGAGGAGGGGAGGGGAGCCAGCUCGAGCUCGGGGCGGCGGCGGCAGGGCGAGGCUAGGGUUUCCCCCCCGACCGACCCGACAUUGCGGUGAGUCCCCCCGCGAAGGCGCACCGGUGCGGCGGACGCGGCGGUGAGAGAGAGAGAGAGAGAGAGAGAGAGAGAGAGAGAGAGAGAGGGAGGGAGCGUCGGGUGGGGGGUGAUUUGGAUGGUGGGUUGCGGCGCCGGGGCUCAGAUCUGAGAUGGCCGACGGCGGCGGCGGCGAGGAGGGGAGUUCGGCGCUCAAGGGCUCGGCGCGGCGGCGCGGCGGCGUGGUGCAGCCUCCGGGCAUGGACGCCGAUGAGCUCCUCACGCUGAUGCACGGGUCGGAUCCCGUCAAGGUCGAGCUCAACCGCCUGGAGAACGAAGUGAGGGAUAAGGAUAGGGAGUUGGGAGAUGCGCACGCGGAGAUAAAGGCGCUAAGGUUGUCAGAGAGGGCGCGGGAGAAGGCCGUCGAGGAGCUCACAGCGGAAUAUGAGAAGCUGGAUGAGAAACUUAAGCUAACAGAGUCUCUCCUUGAAAGCAAAAAUCUUGAACUCAAGAAAACAAAUGAUGAGAAAAAGGCUGCUAUGGCUGCUCAGUUUGCAGCAGAAGCAACUCUGAGAAGAGUGCAUGCAGCCCAAAAAGAUGAUGAUAUGCCACCUAUUGAAGCCAUUCUUGCUCCACUUGAAGCCGAACUAAAGAUUGCUCGUCAAGAGAUUGCAAAGCUCCAGGAUGACAACAGAGCUUUAGACCGUCUAACAAAACAAAAGGAGGCAGCACUGCUGGAAGCAGAAAGGACUGUUGAAAUUGCAUUAGCAAAAGCUGCUAUGGUUGAUGACAUGCAAAACAAGAACCAAGAGUUAAUGAAGCAAAUUGAGAUCUGCCAGGAAGAAAAUAAGAUCUUGGAUAGGCUGCACCGCCAAAAAGUUGCUGAAGUAGAAAAGCUUAGUCAGACUGUAAGAGAGCUGGAAGAGGCUGUUCUUGCUGGUGGUGCAGCUGCUAAUGCAGUCAGAGAUUACCAGCGGAAAGUUCAAGAAAUGAAUGAGGAAAGAAAAAUUCUUGACCGUGAGCUUGCUCGGGCAAAAGUUACAGCAAACAGGGUUGCUGUUGUCGUUGCAAAUGAGUGGAAAGAUGCUAAUGACAAAGUAAUGCCUGUCAAACAGUGGCUUGAAGAGCGGAGGUUUCUGCAGGGUGAGAUGCAGCAACUUCGUGAUAAACUUGCAAUUGCAGAGCGAACAGCUCGAUCUGAAGCUCAACUAAAGGAAAAGUACCAGCUGCGCCUAAAAGUUCUAGAAGAUGGAUUGAGGGGACCACCUAGUGGUUCUAAUCGUCUUACAGAGGGAAAGAGUAUCAGUAACGGACUAUCUCGUCGGCUUUCGCUAGGUGGAGCAGAUAAUAUGUCAAAAAUCUCCCCAAACGGGAUGUUGGCAAGGAGAUCUCCAUCUUUUAAUUCAAGAUCCUCUCUUUCUACUAGCAGCAGCUUGGUCAUCAAGCAUGCGAAAGGAACUUCAAGGUCAUUUGACGGUGGUACGAGGUCAUUAGACCGUGGAAAAGUCCUUCGGAAUGGACCUCAUCUACUCAACAGAUCCACGGAUGCUGUUACAGACUGUGGGACAACCCAUGAUUGGAAGGCUAGUACGGAAGAAAAAAGCAAUGAGACCACAAAUAGUAAUGCAACUGACACAGUAUCUGGUGUAUUAUAUGACAUGCUGCAAAAGGAGGUCAUUUCAUUGAGAAAGUCAUGCCACGAGAAAGACCAAAGUCUAAAGGACAAGGAUGAUGCAAUUGAGAUGUUAGCAAAAAAGGUAGAUACAUUAACCAAGGCCAUGGAAGUGGAGGCUAAAAAGAUGAGGCGAGAGGUCGCUGCUAUGGAGAAGGAAGUUGCUGCUAUGCGUCUUGACAAAGAGCAAGAAAACAAAGCUAAGCGGCCUGGAAUUUUGAAAGGACCUGGAACCACUUCUCAGGCGCUUCCUGGAAGAAAUGCACCACGGGGUGGGUUGACUCGGAACCUUCAAUAACAUAGCUCUUAACACCGGCCAGUAUGAAUUUCUUUGAUAGUUUCGGUUUCCCUUUGUAUUUGUUCCUGUGUUCCUAUUAAUUUUGUGAUUGAGAUAGCACAGAUGACCCUGCGAUUGGGGAAAGAGUAGGCUUGCAUCUGACAAGACUUGCUGUAAUGUAGUGAAGGUAACAUCCUUCGGUAAGGUUUAACCUUGCGGCACGCUCCCAUUUUGACAAGGCAGUGCACGUUGUGGGUUGUAUAGGCAGGAGGACCUUGCUGUGUCUUCUUCCCUUCUGUAAUUUUGAUAGUGUGUUUGCUUUUGAUUGUCAGGGUUGUGAAUAUAUUAUCGUAAUAUAUUAGGGCCACACCUGCGUGCUCCAUUUGCCCUUGGUUGGGUUGUAAUUGAUUUCUUGUGUUUAACUGAUGUACCACCAUUUGAUAUCUUGUUUCAACCUCAAGCUGAAACAGAAUGGAGGGUUUCUUGCGCGAUGAGAUCUUAUAUAGAUUGCAAUAG